AUGUGGAUCCUUGACUCGGAGGGGGAUUUCUUGCAGGGGAAACGUGUCUGGCUGCGACCCGGGAAGAAGUAUCUCUUCGGUCGGAUCAAGCAAGACGGAGUCCGCCAUGCUAUUCAGCAUGCUUCCAUUUCGAGAAAGCAUCUGGUGAUUGAGGUAUCACCGGUGAACCCCGGUGACGGUUCGCAUAUCCACACCAAGUCCAAACUCACCGUGAUCGACCAGAAUUCGAAAUGCGGGACGGUCGUCGAUGGAGAACAGAUCAAGGGCGGGAGCAAAACUCUGAGUGGGGAUGAACACAUACUUCACCUGGGCCGUUAUCAGCCUGCGUUGAGGAUUAAAUGGCAACCCGUCCUUUUGAGUUUUUCCUUUUCUUCCAAAGAGCUCAAGGCAAAGGACCCUCUUGGUCCGGUGAGAGCUCGUCUGGAAGACCUCGACAUCAAGACGAUCAUACCCUAUGUCACCGGCAAGACUACGCACGUCGUUCAAAAUAAAAGAAAUACGGCCAAAGGUCUUCAGGCAUUGAUAAAUGCGAAGUACAUUGUGCAGGACUCUUACAUUGAUGCUCUGGUCUACGCUGCUACUCCAAGUGAUCUGGAGAAUAUCGAGUCGUUAUCACCCCUCGAAGAAGACUUUGAUGCGGCCUGGCCAGAUCCAGCAUUACAUCUUCCGCCACCUGGGAAAGAGCCGGUUCAGCGCCCGGCCGCAGCAUUUGCCCCCAAUCCAGACCGAAUCCGUGUCUUUGAAGGCUACACAUUUGUGUUUUGCGAUGUCGGUCAAUUUGAAAACCUCCAGCCCCCCAUAACCAACGGUCAUGGGAAGGCUUUGCUUUAUCAAGUGGAAAAUGGCAAAACGACGGCGGAAGAAAUCGUACAGUUCAUGCGAAAUGCAGCCGGUCAGAAAGGGCUCGGCUCUGAACGCGAUGGUCCGGGAGGAGUCGUCUUGGUUCGUUUCCGUGCCAAGGGAGGGUAUGAGGAGUGGUCUAUUGAGUUAGGAAAUCAAGUUGCCUUGAUGACGGACCAGCGAGUCAUCGAACAAAGCGAGUUUUUGGAUGCAAUCCUGGGUAAUGAUGCGUCCCCGCUCUGUCGUCCCCUUCCCAGGGAGGAGAGACCGCCCCCCGAGAAAAACCGGAGCAGAUCCAUAGAGCCGGGUCCUGCUCCCAACAAUAAUAUAUCAGAUACAGCUGAAUCUCAACAGGAAGAGCCCCCUACGCAGAAGCCGGCGAAACGGCCCCGAGUGCGUAAUUUUGUGAGCAAGGUCAAAAAUUUCGAUGAUGGCUUCGACAUUAAUUCGAUCCCCGUUUAUACACUGGAAGCCGGUGAUGGCUCCCGUGAAGAGUCGCAGCAAAUGGAGAUGGACGAUCUACCCCCGGAGCCGGCCGCAGCACCUGCGUCUCCAGUGGAGGAUGACAUGUCAAGCCUUCUUCCGGGGGCCAAUGCCAUGAAGCGUCGUAGAGCGGAGAUGGGCACUCGCUCCCACGAGGAUGAACCAAAAACUUUCCAGGAAGAGAUACGGAAACCGAAACGCCAAAAGGUUGACGUGCUCGAGGCAGCACGCCGGCACCGUGAAGCUGAGGAAGCGGCUGCACGGGAGCGGCGGUCGGAGGAAGAAUCGUCUCUACAAGCAGCGAUUGAGGGCAUGACCAUUGAGGAGAUGAAGCGUCUAGUCGUAGUCGAAGAACUUGACGUUUCAUUACGUGACAGACGCACUCCGACGGCGGAGGAGACCAGUCGAUGGGACGAGCGGUGGAAUGGACGGAAGAAUUUCAAGAAGUUUCGCAGGAAAGGCGACGUAUCUGUUGCGCGACCGCGUGUGCAGGCGGUGAUUGUGCCCUUGGAGGAGGAGAAACAGAAAGAUUAUGGCAUUGGAGACCAUUAUUGGGCCCACAACAGACGGGAUAGCCCCGAGCCAGUGUCAGUGUCCCGGCAUAGCAGUCACCAAGAUCACCGCGAGGCGAGCCACGUGGAGGGCAGGACGUCUGCCUCCCAGCCUUCUGCUCUAUCCGAAACGCCUCCUCCGCCGGUGCAGCGUCAAAGUCAGCGUGCUAGCCAGAAGAGAGCGCGGGAAAUUCCCGACUCUGACAGCGAUGAGGAACUUCGCUUCCGGUUCCGUCGUAAAAGGUAG